AGUCUUUACCACACUGAAUCAUAUCCAUGUUCUUUCUCUUUCCCUAAACCCUACGAGAAUCACUUCAUUUUUCUCCGCACGUGUUUCACCCGUGCGCCGUCGUGUGUGUUCUCUCUGUUUGCAGUUGCACCAUCCUCCUCCGCUGUCGAAUCUUCUCCGGCAGCUCUCUCUCAUAGAAGCAAGCAACAAUGGCGACUAGUGACGGAGGAAUAAAAUCAACAUCAAUAAAUGGUGUAAAAGUUUACACAAUAGCUUCACAACAACCUUCACUUGCUUCAUGGAUUCCAACUAAGAAGCAACAAUCUCAUCGUCCUAUCAAAAGUUAUACACAAAACGUUCAACUUAUUGAAGAUUUGAGGUUUACAACUGCUACUACAAAGAUUAAAGCCACUCCUGAUGGCGAAUUCAUCAUUGCUUCAGGUAUAUAUCCACCACAAGUAAAAGUGUACGAGGUCAGGGAGCUGGGAUUAAAGUUUGAAAGACAUUUGGAUUCAGAGAUCGUUGAUUUUCAGGUUUUAUCUGAUGACUACUCAAAACUUGCAUUUUUAUGUGCUGAUCGCUCUAUAAAUCUACAUGCAAAAUAUGGAAAGCACUACAGUUUGCGAAUACCAAGGAUGGGAAGGGAUAUUACUUAUGACGACUGGUCUUGUGACUUGCUUUGUGCUGCCUCUUCCCCGGAUCUUUACAGAAUUAACUUAGAGCAGGGACGAUUUCUCUCCUCCCUUACCACACAAUCCCCCGCAUUGAAUGUGGUUUGUCGAAGCAAGGUUCAUGGGUUAGUUGCCUGUGGUGGUGAAGAUGGUGCUGUGGAAUGCUUUGACCCACGUGUGAGAUCUUCAGUUGGUAGAAUUGAUGCUGUCGGACCUAGUGGUGAUGUUGACCAGGAGGUCACAGCAUUGGAGUUUGACGGUGAUGGGGACUUCUUAAUGGCUGUUGGAAGUAGUGCAGGAAAGGUUCUCAUCUAUGACCUGCGCUCGUCACGUCCUGUACGAAUACAAGAUCACAUGUAUGGCAGUUCCAUAUUGGACAUAAAGUGGCAUCGUACUCUUAACUUCGAAGGACCAAAGUUGAUAACUAGCGAUAAACAUGUCGUUAGGAUAUGGGAUCCUGACACGGGAGAAAGUUUAACCAGCAUUGAGCCGACAACAGGAGAAAUAAAUGACGUGUGUACAUUUCCUGGUAGUGGUUUGAUCCUGUUGGCCUUGGACUGUAGCCAAAUACCAUCUUACAUAAUACCAUCCCUCGGACCUGUUCCCAAAUGGUGUUCUUCUCUAGAAAAUUUCACGGAGGAACUAGAGAUGGGUGGACAAACAACUAUUUAUGAUCAUUACAAAUUUUUGACAAAGGAGGAGCUUGACAAGUUAAAUUUGACCCACCUGAUUGGCACCAAUGUACUUAGAGCCUACAUGCACGGUUUCUUUAUUAAUUAUAAAUUAUACAAAAAGGCAGAAGAUUUGGCGGGUACUUCCAACGCUGAAAAUUAUAUUGAACAGCGCAAGCGAGAAAAAUUAGAAGCUGAACGGGCCUCAAGAAUUACGAUCAAGAGAAAAUUACCCAAAGUUAAUCGGCUCCUUGCAGCUCGCCUCCUUGAAAGUGAAGAUGUUGAAAAUGAGAAGAGAGAUGCUGUUGAAGAUGUUGAAACUAAAAAGGCAUCCAAGAAAAAGAAAGGGCUUAGCAUGCAAGAUCUUGAAGAUGAUAGAUUUAAAGCUAUAUUUACAAAUAAGGAAUUUGAGAUUAAGGAGGACUCUGAAGAAUAUUUGGCUUUGCAUCCCAUGGGUGCUAAAAAGCAAACAUCCUUGUUAAAGGAACAUUUCGAACCUGUCAUGUCUGAUGACGAUCUAAGUCUAGGUGAAGAUGAUGCAUCUGAAGAUGAACCUGCAAAUAAAACAAACGAGAAAACUCGUGUUCCAAGGAUGUAUGAAAUUAAGGAUGAGCAGCAUGCAGAGGCAUUUUGGAGCCGAAAAUCAAUUGCAGACGAGGAAUCACUUCCUAUGGGAGAUAGAGUGGAAGCUCUUAAAAAUGAACAACAAUCCUCUCAUAUUCCACGUGGUGUUAAGCGGGGACCUGGGGGAUCACGGGAAAUAACCUUCACUUCGAGAAACAGGGCAACCUACAAUGAAGAUGAUAUAGAUAAAAAAGUGGAACCCCGGAAAAAGAGGGGAGUUCAGUCGUUGGGGCUCAAGUCGCAGGGACCAGUAUUUAAUGGCCGUGGUCGUGGCCGUGGGAGAGGUGGCCGUGGGAGAGGACGUCGAUAGUGACCAUAUACAUAAAUGUAAAUGGCAUUUAAUUUCCCAGAUCUUGCUUGAUCUUUAUGGUGUGGGGUAUGGGUUGCAUAACUGCAUUACCUCUAAUGUAUCAUUUAUACCCUAUCAUCCUAACAGUUUACUUUUUUGUUUUUUCCUCCCCUUUAUUUUGAAUUCUCUUUCAAGAUAAAUUUUGUUUCCCUUGUUAAGGGGAAAGGGGAAGAGGUUUGAGUUAUCACGUGACAUGCUAAACAUAUACGGAGCAUGUAAUCUGAGUUUUGUGUUUAUGUAUUCUUUACCCAUUUCGGAUGAAUUUUCUCCCUUAAAUUGUUUGAUUCAUAAAAGAAAAGCUCCAAUAACUUCUACUUA